GUAUGAUAUUUGUCUUGUCAUGCAAUCCAACUACGUACACUAAUUUUAUCCGUGACUACUUUUACCAACAGACAGGAGUCCGUUUUGGUCGGAGCUAGUCAACUGCACAAGCAAGCUUUAUCCGUGCUUCAAACCUCUGAAAUAACCAUGUCGGCGGUAGGGCACGUCAACAAGAUUCCAACUAUCAGAGGAACGGAUAUCAUGAGAGAUGCAAGGCUAAACAAGGUAACUCAAUAUAGUUAAUGCAACCUUGGUUUGCCGGGUUGCCGAUCUCGACCUGAGACCACAGUGUCCAUACGGUUCGUGAUACUGUGCAUGCGAUCAAGUCUGAUAUUUUAAUUUGGAGCUUUUCCAGUUUAAAACGCCAUACGAAGUACCCUUCAUACGUUGUAUUUUUUUAAAGUAAGUUUACACUUAGAAAAAGGUCGUUGUUCUUUCGGCUUUUGUACUGUACCCAUAUUUGGUGACCAUUUAAGUUGUUGGCAAUCUUUAUGCAAAUCUCAGAAAUCUCUUCAAUUUGCUACUUCUUAUUAAACCGUGUAAGGAAAAAAUUUUCUUUAAACAUUUUUCUGAGUUAAUUUCCAAAAAAAUAAAUGAUGUGGUUUGUGUGAUAACAUUUUUUUAAAAUAUGCUUUAUCAUGUGACUUGCACUGUAUAUUGUAUCUCGGGGAAUUUGGUUGAUCAGGGUUUAAAAAUAGUGCUCGUGAGGAAUUAGCAUAAAACUUUCUUUGGUCAAUGGAUAAUAGAUUUUCUCUCUUACCCCAACGUUUCUUUUAUCUUUAGUUUUUUCAAUUUUGUAAAUUACAAUUCAUCCUUUGGAAUCAUGAUUAUUUUGUCUGUAAUUUCAUGCACUUUUUAAAUUAUGAGUAUAAUGAAAAAUCAAACCGUGAUAAAGUUUUAAGUUUCUCAUAAAUAUUCAUGAAUGAGUGUGGCUGAAUCGGGUUAUCAUGGAGCUAUAGAGCAGGCAAUCAGAGCUCUUUGAAUCGUCUUCAAUUGUUUUUAUUUAAUGCACUGUUCUAAAUUCAUAAUGUUAUGGAAAGUCUGGACAGUUCUUGAUUCUUACUGAUUUGUCUAUACACCCCCCCCCUCACAGUAAGUGUUGCAGGGUGGGGGGGGGGGGUACUUCUCCUGGUCUGAGAUUCAUGGAUCUAUCUGUAUGAUGGAAAAUAAAAAGUAAAGAAGCAAUCUUGGUAGGUUAUAUACUAAGCUGCAAUUAAAGCACUUUCCAAAAAGAAGCCUGAAAAAUUCAGGCUUUGAGGUGUUUCAAGACAGUAGUUAUAGUUAAUAAAAUUCAGUGUGGGGCUGUUGAGUACCUUUGAUUGAUUUAGUUGCAUAUUUGCUUUUUGAUAACAGGGAACUGCAUUCACCUUACAAGAACGCCAAAUCCUCGGAAUUCAUGGUCUUCUUCCUCCAUGCAUAUCAACUCAAGAGAUUCAGGUCCAAAGAAUGUAUGGAGAACUUCACAGAAAGGCCAAUGAUCUUGAAAGAUACAUCCAACUGAUGUCGCUUCUAGAAAGAAAUGAAUCCUUAUUCUUCAAAAUCUUAAUGGAACACACAGAGGAACUGAUGCCAAUUGUUUACACUCCAACAGUUGGGCUUGCCUGCCAGAAGUAUGGUCUGAUAUUUCGGAGACCAAGAGGGCUGUUUGUUUCCAUUAAUGACAGAGGUCAUAUUGACAAACUAGUAGCAAACUGGCCGGUUGAAAAUGUGAAGGUAUAGUGAAUGUAAGAAUUAGGUUCAGUUGUUACAUCAUUAAAAAAAUUUUUUUUUGUCAGCAAAUGGGAAUCAUCAAUAUCUCAAAAAUGUAUAACUUGAUUUUAUUUUUUAAAGGCUCAUUAGAGUAAUGGUGGUGUUGUCAUUAAUAAACUUUAAUCUUUUUUCAAAUUUAUUCAAUAUAAAAUUUAGGCCAUAGUGGUAACAGAUGGGGAGCGUAUCCUUGGCCUGGGUGACCUUGGUUGCUGUGGGAUGGGGAUACCUGUUGGUAAGCUAGCACUGUACACAGUUUGCGGCGGCAUUGACCCAGGAGUGUGUCUUCCUGUUAUGAUCGAUGUAGGAACUAAUAAUCAGGUAUAUCAGGGUUUAUUUGAGUUGUUUAUUUAUAGUCUGUUCUUAUCCUCUCUAUUCUUCUGUGACCAUCUUUGAUCCUUACUGGUAGAUUCUACCCUCCUCUGUGUUUGUCCACAGCCCUGAGAGAUUUUUCUUAUUGUAUAUUUUCCGUUUAUUUAACCCUUAACUCCCAGAAGAGAUUCACAUGUAACUUCUCCCUACAAUAUCCAUCCACCACCAGCAAAAAAGUAAUGAGAAUACUUAAAUGUAUCAGGUAGAAGUUGUUGUGUUGAUCAAACACCAAAUUCUUGCAACUAAUUUACAAGGAAAUGUAUAGCAGGUAUAGAGAGAAGAAUUAACAAUCAGAUCCUAGGAGUUAAAGGGUUAAACUAAACCCAAUAUGAUGGGAUAGAGCAUUGCAACUUGAAGUCUCUCCCUGCCAAAAAACUCUCAUCUUUUGCUCCAAAGCCAACAGCAUUGAUAUAUUUUUGCAGGCUUUACUGGAUGAUCCUCUCUAUAUUGGAGUACCCCAGAAACGUGUGACUGGUCAACUGUAUGAUGAUUUGAUUGAUGAAUUCAUUGGAGCUGCAACUGCACGGUGAGUUCUACUUAUUAGUAACCCCAGCAACAAAAGACCUACAUUUCAACUUCCCAUUUUUAUUUCUGAUCUUGUUCAUUUUAGUUUUUUUAAAGACCAUACAAUCAUGAGAAAAUGAAUUUAAAGUUUUAUCCUUUAUGUUAGAUAGCCAGUUAUGUAAUCAGGAACCAAAAUAAUGGAGUAGUCAGUGAUGUGAGAUCAUGGUGAUGUGUUAUUUUUGUGCCCUAUAGAUUUGGUGAAACAGUUUUAAUCCAGUUUGAAGAUUUUGGCAAUCACAAUGCCUUCAGAUUCUUGGAAAAGUACAGAAAUAAGAUAUGCACUUUCAAUGAUGAUAUUCAAGGUAAAUUGAAAUGGUUGGAAUAAAUUGUUUUAUCAGGUGCAAUUUAUCACCAACCCAUAAAUGUAAAAGUGAUGUACAUGCUGUUCUAUAACAAUGGCUUUUUUCACCAACUAAGCAUUUGCAUCAGGCAUACAAAGUAGUUCAGUCAAUUCCAUUGCUAUCUGUGGAUUUAAAAUUGGCAACUGGAUUCACACUGCCUCUUUGUUUACAGGAACAGCUUCUGUCACAGUUGCUGGAAUUCUUGCAGCAUUGCGAAUUACCAAGAACAAACUUGCAGAUCACAAGUUUCUUUUUCAAGGUGCAGGAGAGGUGGGUUAACCCUUUAUACCCUAACAUUAGUGUGCAUAUUCUCCAUACUGUUCUCUAUACAUUUCUAAAGGUGCUGGUAAAGAGAAUUUGUCUAGCAGUCAAGAGCUUCUCCAGUUGGUGAUCAUUACCUUUAUUCUUGAUUCAAGAUGACAUUGUGGGGAGAGAUUAAAUGCUAGUCUCUCUUAGGGCUUAGAGGUUAAAGAAAAGUUUUUGAAAUUCAACUCAGAUUGGGUUACCACUCCAUAGCAGAACUGAAGAGGUGGCCAGGAAUAGGUUGCCAUUCCCUAUAUUUUGAUAUGAUCUAACAAUCAAACAAGUAUUUUUCACCCUUCUUCCUUCUUCCUUAAUAGAAAAAAAGGUAGUUUUUCUCACACCACUCUUAAUCAUUUCUUCCUUGGAGAACAAAUGCGGCUGCCACCAUGAGUGUGCACCACUGACAUAUUAAUUCAUUAUUAUAUUUGGGACAUUCUUGAGUGGAACUGAAAGAGCUAUUUUGUUAUAUUUUUACAGGCUGCCAUUGGUAUUGCUGAUUUGCUUGUUCGAGCCAUGUUAAAGGCAGGACUAUCUGAAGAGGAAGCAAAAAAGAGAAUUUGGCUGGUAGAUUCAAGAGGACUGGUUGUUAAGGUUGGUCAUGAUCAUUUUAUGAUUGUGAACAGACAUCUUACAGUGAGAUUUAAAAACAAUAAGUUUAAUAAAACGAAUCCUCUGUUAAAUUGUACUGGACAUGAAAAGGAGAGGGGUUGUUAGUCUCCUGUAGGUAACCCUCAGGAUUUUUCAUUAUUAUGGAACGUCUCUGUCAACACCAGCAUAUAGGUAGUGGCAGAUUAGCUGCACCAUGAGUUUGACAUGUAAAAUUUUGGGGAAAAGUUUUUGAAAAAAGGAAGAGUCUUGAGAAUUAGUUGCUUUGUUUUGGUUGCUUCAUCAAAGAAUGCACAUGCAUGUUAAGUCACAAUCAAGAAAACAGAGAAUGCCUUGAAUCCUUCUCCAUAAUUUUUUAGCUAUAAUUGUAUGGUUGUGUAUUCCACUUACUGGCAGUAUGAUCGUGUGUUUUAAAUGUACAUGUAUUUUAAUUGUUGAAAAUCUGUAAUCCCAUAUGUUUUGUUGUUUUUUCAUUAGUCAUAAGAGUUCUUUUUUGAGAAAAAACUUUGUUUUUCAGGAUCGUGCAGUUGGAGGAUUAAAUAAAGAAAAACUAAAAUAUGCCCAUGAAGCAAAUCACAUCAGCACUCUUGCAGAAGUUGUCAAAACCAUUAAACCAACUGCUAUAAUUGGUGAGGUCAUCUAAUCAUAUACAGUUUGUUUGCAGUAUCAAUGGUUUCAAUAAGUUUUUCUAUAAGCAGGUGCUAAUAGGUGGCAAUGGCUGGUAAGGGGCAGUGUGAUGAAAUCCAAAUAAGAGAGCCUUCUUGGAAGGCAAAUAGACAGUGGUAAGAGGUCUCACAGACAGACAGUAGAUCACUAACUGGUAACAGUGUUUUUUUGAAACCUUGCAAUAUUGAAAAUAUUUUUCUAAAUAUAAGUUAAAAUUGUUCUCUCUGAAACUAUACUCAGAGCAAGUUGGUUGGGGGUGGUUUGAGGUCAACAGUGUUGAAAAUGUAUGUUUCCUUUUUUUUUUCAUUUUUUACCUUUUCCUGAUAUAUGGAUUAAAUUUGUCUGUUGACAAAAUUAAUUAAUUCAGUCUAAACUUGCCUUACAAACAAGGUUGCUAUGAUUACAUUUUGCUGGCACUUUUUUCUUUUUAAUUCAUUAAGGUACUAAAUGCAACGUUUUCAUUUUUGUUUGUGUGUGUGUCUUGUCUUGUUGCAGGUGUUGCAGCAGUGGCUGGAGCAUUCACUGAAGAAAUUGUCAAAGCUAUGGCUUCCUUUAAUGACCGACCCGUCAUCUUUGCUCUGAGCAAUCCAACCUCCAAAGCAGAAUGCACAGCAGAACAAGCUUAUACGUGGACUGAUGUGAGAUGAAAUUGAGUUUGAUGUGGUCUGUGCUAGGCUUUUAGUUAGUGGAGCCAACUUCUUGGUCAGUCCAGAUGAUCCCAAAAUAUGUGGGGGAAAAUUUUUAUCUUUUUUUCCCCUGACCAACUUCCUCUCUUGACCAAAGGGGUAACACAGAAUGUUUGAUAUUGGUUUUAAGGGCUGCCUGCUAUUCAUAAUUUGUCAUCUCCAUCAUUAUUUAUGAAAACAAAACAAAGAAGACCUGCACAAAUGUUAGAAGUUAAGAUAGUUUGGCAAAAUGAAUCUUUGAUUUGAAUGGAUAUAUGUUUAUUAGUGGGUGUUUUGUGAUUAUGCAUGUAAAGAGUGUUAUUGUUUCCCAUCAUGGUAAAGGAAGGGAGAGGGGGAGAGAUUUUUGACCAGAGGGGGUUGUUGAAAGGUUCCAUAGAGAACCCUGGAAUAAAGAGAAGAAAAUUCAACUGGUUUAAUAUUCCUGCUGUUGUUAGGGUAAAGCUGUGUUUGCCAGUGGUAGUCCAUUUGCUCCUGUUACUCUCGCUGAUGGUCGUCAUUUCAUACCUGGCCAAGGAAACAAUGCCUACAUAUUUCCCGGUGUGGCAUUGGCUGUGAUUGCCUGUAAAGCUCAACAUGUGACUGAUGACAUGUUCCUUCUUGCUGCAGAGGUAAUUUUUAAAAUGUUCUUUGCUGAAAUAAUGAUUUAAACCCAAUUUGCAUGUAUGAGAAGUUAUCCAUAGCUGAAGUCCCAUUUAGAUGGCACCCUUGAUGGGGGGUCUUAAAUACAGGUCACGGUGUGCAGGGGCACAAGCCAUGGGUGGUGGGUCUUAGGUGACAGGUUGCAUAUUGUAGGUCACAGGUCCCUGUUAUCGGGUCGUAUGCAACUGAUAUGCAAUUCUUUCUCAAUGAUGAAAAACAAAUUAAGGUAAUCAAGAAACAAUAGAACCUUUUUUUAACACAACAAAAACAAUAUAAACAGUGAAUCACAUAUCAAUGAUACAAACUACAUGAACAACUUAAAGCAAGAACUUUACAAAACUGAUACUGACCCUCUCCUCCUCCUUCUCAACAAAACUUUGUCUUUGUCAAAUUUGAGGGGGGGAAAGUGGAACAAAAGCUACACCUUCAGAUGGGCCUCUGCUAAAGUAAAAUCUGUUUAUUUCAAAUUACUAUAUUUGCAAAUUCUAGUCUUAAGAUUGUCUUAGUUAGAGCAAUUUUAUCUUAACAAACCUUUUAUCUCUCACGCCAGUCCUUAGCCAAUCAAGUGGAAGCAUCUCAGUUGGAGAAAGGUUGCCUAUUCCCUCCACUGAAAGAAAUUCGAGAGGUAUCCACUAAAGUGGCUGUUGAUGUGGUGAAACUUGCAUAUUCCAGUGGUUUGGCAACUAUUCAUCCUGAACCCGAGGAUAAGGAACAGUUAGUAAAAGACAACCUGUACAGUCCAGAUUACAUGUCGUACAUUCCACACACCUACAACUGGCCCAAGGAGUAAAUAAUCACUGCUUCCAGCAGAAAUGAAAUGGAUAAAACAAGACGGUAUUCAAUGGUGUGGGAGAAAAUGGAAUGAUAACAAAUAAUAAAAUGGGAUUAAUUGUCCUUUUUUUUUCUUUAGUGUUCUUAUUUUGAAGUUUCUUAAAUUUUAUAAUUUAAAAACAUGUAUAGGGAAACGAU